AUGGUAAUUGAUAUUUCAAUCGCUAGUGGUCAAAGAAGUAAGCGUUUCUUUGAGGAGCCUCUUGUAAACACACCACCUAUACCCUCAUACCCCAUCCAGAAGCAAGAUAGAACAGAUUUACCCUUGAGCAAGUCUUGUGAUGGCCCUCCCCCCAAAUUCUUCAUUCCUCCUCCUCCUCCUGCAGCCGCCCCACCCGUUGGACCUGGAUCAAAUAUUGGCACUGAUUCAGAUUAUGAGGACAUCCCAGAGAAUGCCAGCCUCUGUGACUCGUGCCAUGGGGACACCAGCACUCCUCCGCCGGCCCCUGCAGAGGCUGCAGAAGCUCUUAUCAACAGGCUAGGGUUUCUCUUCAGUCAAGGUCCUCGAAGCGCACCACCUGGCUUGCCUCCAGGACCGCCGCCACCUCCCACCGGUCCUGAGCCCCCAGAGCUACCACCACCCAGACAACCUCAACAAAGGAAUGCGCUUCCAGACCCUAACCAGGAAAACAUCAAUCCAUCUCUUCGAACGGGGGUGACCACAGCAGGGGAUGGUCACAAUGCCAAGAUGACGCAGGGCAAGGAAACGGCACAUAGCCUUAACCAACAGCAGCAGCAGAGACAUCCAAUGCUUGGAGGAAUGGUAGUCAUACCGGGGCAUCCUAGUAGAACUCAAGAUGGAGACGGGGAACCUCUAUCAAAGGUCCCUCGGCAUCCAAACGAUAAUCAGAUUAAGUACAAUCAACAGCCUCCUCAGCCUGGCUUUAACCAAACAGGACGUGGGAGUGGCCGAGGGGGAAAUCCACCUUCAGGUUUUAAUCAUAGUAGAAAAGGAAGUGGGAGGGGGAAGAACCCUCAGACUGGUUUCAGUCAAACUGGUAGGGGAAGUGGGAGGGGAUCUGAGAGGAAAGGUUCUGGAGCAGGCUUGAAUGAAGGGACUACUGCUGUCAGUGGAAGACAUAUACAACAACAAGUGACUAACGUACCAUCUCAGGGAGCACCGCAGGUGCCAAUGCAACAAGUACCACAUAGAAACCAAAUACAGUUACAGCAACUACAACAGCAGCAGCAGCAACAGCAGCAAAUGCAUCAAAUGCACAUGCAGCAACAGCAGUAUCAACUAAAAAUGCAGCAAACUCAUCAACAAAUGUACCUCCAGCAGAAGCAGCAAAUGCAACAGCUUCAACAGCACCAUCAAAUGCAUCAAAUGCAGCAGAAUAUAUGGCAGCAGCAGAGAUUCAGUCUGCAACAGCAACAACAACAGCAACAUCUUCAACAGCCACAACAGGCUCAUGGGAAUGGGGUUGUUCAAGGGAAAAUUCAAACAAUGACGGACCAAAGAUUCGCAACAGUGCAAUCAAUACCAACAACUGCUUCACGUCAGAACAGAGGCGAGCAGCAACAGCAGCAGUCAGAACCAUCACCAUUACCAGGAAUGCAGGAUAGAGUAGGGAAGCUGCCUUCGGACAACUCUUCACAGAGACAGCAAGAACAGAAGUCUGGGACAGGUUAUGCCAAUGGUACAAACCACAACAGAACUGGCCUGGUUGCAGGCAUGCGGUCCAAUACCUUAGAGUCCCGUAGCAAGCAGAACAACAGAGGCCAAGCACCAAAGACAGGAUCUCAGGGUCGUCCUGCUAGCUACCAGAGCCCGGGUAAUGAAGGUGGCCCUAGCCUGGAGAAUAGACUACAACAGUUACUAGAAGGUGGGGUGAAGGGUAGACCUGGUGAUGCGGUGAUUAAUGGUAACACCGCACCAAACUUGCAGAAACCUGGUGGAACUAACGACUCCAACGUAAGGAGCACAAAUAAUGUUAACAAACCUGGGUCGGGUCACAUGCGGCAACAGAGUGUGGACAGGAUCAAACCAAAGAUGGCCCACCCUCGAAAGAUCAUGAACACCAGUCAUCAACGUGGAGCUUCUCUAGAUUCCUCUGCUGAUACUAGUAAUAUUUCCUUCAAUAGUACUACAUCUUCUGUAGGAGAUACAUCGUUCACGAGCGUAUCCUCUAUGGAAGGUUAUGAUAUGUCAUCUAUGCAGGCCCCACCAACUCCUACGAGUCCAAGGGAUGUGAUGGCCAACAUAGAAGGCAAACAGUUUAGACUAGGACAUGCACCAAGAAGCACCUCAAAGACUCAUCAAACCUCGACAAAUCCUCGCCCAAAAUCCACCAAACAACCCCAGGUCAAAUUGGCCACUCAGCAGUCAUUACCGAAUGGUCAACUCUCGAUGGCACCCAGCGAUAAGAGGUCCAAUAUCGCGGAGAGUUCAGGUCAAGGAUCAGAGGUCGUUGAUGAGGGUGAGAGGUCACAGGAGAGUUCCUCAGGGGAGAAGCAGGAUCCUAUUGUGGUUUCCGAAAGAGUGAAUUUCACCAAUCAAGAGGUUCAUCUCAGUGGGCGUGGCACCCUUGUCUCUCAGGCUAGGUUGCGCUCUGCAUCAACAACCUCUGCUUCCAGUCCAGAAGCCACAGAUGACAUGUCGUUGCUUCAAGGUCGACGCACUUUCACUAGGAGGUCACUAAGAGACAAGGAAAAUGGCAAUAAGCUCAGUCCAGAUUUUAAAGCUCGUAUGCAAGCGUUAAAACCAACGCACUUACUCCUGCGUCCCAUGACUUUUGAGAUUCCGGGCUUCAGUCAGAAAUCUGCCUUCGUUGGACGGGAGUGGCUGUUCCCAGAGAUGGAGCGCUGCUUGGGCAAGGACCCGACCUUAGCGGCCAAGCUGAAGGGGCUAGGGAUACUAGGUGAUGUAGGAAUGGGAAAGACUUCAGUCAUCGCCAAGAUGGUGUCCCUGAGUACACUUAGUAGUCUCCUCAUUAACAGCAAUAUUCAUGUCACUGCAGCAAGCAAUUCUGAUGUGUCAAACUCUACUUCUCAGAGCAACGUCUACAACAGUAGUGGUACUAUGACAAGAGCAAGGCAACAGUCGGAACAAUCUCUCAUGUCACUCGCCUCACAAGUAGUUGCUUUCCAUGUCUGUCAGGCUGACAACAGCAUCACAUGUAUGGUUCCGGAGUUCAUCCACAACAUGGCCGCCCAGCUCGUCCAGUGUCUCGGCGUCUAUCGUGAGAUGCUUCUGAACGAACCCCAGCUACAGACACACCUCACCUUGAGAGAGUGCACCCAGAACCCCAGUGAUGCCUUCAUCAAGGGAAUAUUGGAACCACUCAGUCUCCUCAAAGCUCAGGGAAAGAUACCAAUGGACAAUUGCCUCAUCCUCGUCGACGGCCUCAGUGACGCCGAGUUUCACAAAUCGGACUAUGGGGACACCAUCGCCUCGUUCCUGGCACGCCACAUGUCCCGAUUCCCGCAGUGGCUGAAGCUGGUCAUCACCGUCCGAAGCUCAUUUGCGGAACUCACCAAGAUGAUGCCUAUCCAGAGGAUAUCCCUGGACAAGGUGUCCAACUCGGAGUUCAUCCAGAAGGAUGCAGAGCUCUACAUCAGCCAUAGGUUGCAGUUGAGCAACACAUUAAGGACUAACGUAUCCCUCAAUGGGAAAGUGGAGCAGUCGAUGAUCGCCAAGUUCCGAAGUCACUUGCAAUCGCUGAGCCGUGGUUGUUUCUUAUACCUGAAGCUAACCUUGGAUCUGAUAGAGCAAGGCUACCUUGUCAUGAAGAGUCCCAGCUACAAGGUGUUACCCAUUAACCUCUCUGAAAUCUUCCUGCUACAGUGCAAUCUCAAGUUCCCUACCAUACGAGCCUUUGAGAGGGUCACCCCAAUUCUCAAUGUAGCUUUAGCUUCCCUCUAUCCUCUCAGCGAUGAACUGCUCUUUCAGGCUGCCAAUGCCAGUUUGACUAAAGACUACAUGCAAUGGGAGGAGUUCCAGCAGCGCCUCCAGCUGAUCUGCGGGUUCCUGUGCCCCAGACGAGACAACUACCGUAUGUUCUACCACCCUUCCUUCAGGGAGUGGCUCAUCAGGAGGGACGAUGGAGACAAUCCCAAGUUCCUCUGUGAUCACAGGAGUGGGCAUGCCUCCAUGGCGUUCUGGUUGAGUCGUAGAGGGCGUCGUCUUGGGCGUGAUCAGUCGUUCGAGCUAGGUCAUCACAUCCUGAAAGCUCAUAUCUACAAGACUGUAGGACGCCACCUUCCUGUGGGGCACUUCACAGCCAGAGAACUGCAAGCAAUCUGGAUGAAGCUCAACGCUGAAGACCUCUCGGCUAGUCUCGUUAUGAGGAGGAAUAUCUUCUUUCCUAAUAUCAAGGUUAGCCGAUUGUUGCUGCUAGCUGGGGCUUCCCCUAACCAGCGGACAGAUGUUCUGAACUGUGCUCCUGUGUUGUGCGUGGCUGCCAGAGAAGGCCAUUCUGAGAUGGUAUCAUUGUUGCUUGAGUUUGGAGCCAACGUGGAUGCUGAGUGUGAUCGGGGAAUGACGGCCCUGUGUCAUGCAGCGGCAGGUGGACACCUAGAGAUCGUUAGGAUGUUAUUUAUUAAGAAGUCUAAGGUUGUCCAUACUGACAAGAGCGGACGUUGUGCUAUGGUCCAUGCCGCUGACCAUGGUCAUCUACCUGUCCUGAGCUUCCUCCUUCAAUGUGAUUGGACGAAAGAUGACCGUACCCAGCUGACCCAUAAAUCAGUAGCACAGCAAGCCUUAGUAGCAGGGGCAGGAGCUGGUCAUAAAGAGAUCUGUACAUACUGUUUGGAUCUCACAGACCCUAAUUCUCCUACCACCAGCCUUUUGAGUGUUGAUGAACCAGAUACACUCCAUGGAGAUACAGCAUUGACAGCAGCCUGCAGUCAGGGGCGCACGGAGGUGGUCAAGCUUCUACUGAAGCGAGGAGCAUCGGUCCAGAAGAGCAACCAAUCCCAGAUGACCCCUCUGAUCUGUGCGGUCAGGAAAGGCCGAUGGGAGAUAGUGGACAUCCUUCUCUUCAACCAUGCUUCGCUAGAGGACACCGACCGGCACGGAAGGUCGCCCCUUAUGCUUGCGGCCGGAGAGGGACACCUUGCCGUCCUUGAAGUACUACUUAGUAAAGGAGCUUCAGUACAUAGCUCUGAUAAGGAAGGUCUGACGGCAUUGUGCUGGGCGUGUCUAAAAGGUCACAUCAACAUUGUCAAGUCACUCCUGGAAAGAGGAUCAGCCAUAGACCAUGAUGAUAAGAAUGGACGGACACCCCUUGACCUGGCCGCUUUCUUUGGAGAUCCACAAGUGGUACAACUUCUUGUUGAGAAAGGGGCCAAUAUAGAACACAUGGAUAAUAGCGGUAUGAGACCAUUAGACAGGGCUAUAGGAUGUAGGAAUACAUCCGUUGUAUCUGUUCUUCUCAAGAAAGGUGCUAAACUAGGUCCAGCAUCAUGGGCAAUGGCAACCUCCAAGCCAGACAUCCUUAUUCUAUUACUCAAGAAACUCAUGGAUGAUGGCAAUGCACUCUAUAAGAAAGAGAAAUGGAGGGAAGCAUGUCAUAAAUACCAGUGUGCUCUCAGGAAGUUUCCAUCCGAAGGGUUUGGUGAAGACAUCCGAACCUACAAGGAACUCAAAGUCAAUCUCUUCCUCAAUAUAUCAAGAUGCAAGAGAAAGCUAGAGGAUAUUACUGGUGCUAUUGAAUACUCUAGCAAAGCUCUUGAAAUCAAACCUAAAUGUUUCGAAGCGUACUAUGCGAGGGCUAGGGCUAAGAGAGCAAUAAGACAAUACGGACCAGCCCUACAGGAUCUAUUAGAAGCAGUGAAGCUGGCACCCAACAACCGGGAAGUCCGACGACUGCUAGUCAGGGUGAAAGAAGAAUGCAAAGAAGAGACCAAAAGACAGCGGGAAGCCAAAGAAGAACGCGAAGAGAAAGAGAAAGAGAAGAAGGAGAUGACACCAGAUUCCGGUGUUGCAAACUCACAACCAGGAAGUGCUGAACAAUCACAGGCGGAGGUCUCCGAACCUGAGGAAUCCGGAAGACCCGUCACUUCACCAGCCUCCUCACAGGCUGGACGAAGUGAUCCUACGGUGGUGUCUAGCACUGUUUCCUCUGUACAGAACACAAGCAGGGUACAUGACUCAAGUGGCGAUCUGUCCUCACUGGACAACAAAGGGUUAAAUAGCAAUAGUUUGAAUUCUAGUAGUAGCUCAAGCACGCAGUUAGGAUCCAUGGACUUUUCUGUUGGCAACGGACACCUAGUUCAAGGGACUGGCGUUUCGCUAAAGGACGAGAAUUUGUCUGAGAAGCAGGUGAUUACGGAAGUGCAAGAUGGACUCAAAGCCGGGGACAAACCCAUUCCUAGAAGGGCUCAGGCGGUCAAGAUGCCACGGCCUCCUUCCAUAGAAGUGGCGACAUCGGAGCCGGUGACCUCAGGAGUGGUGUUCUUCAACGCAGGAGCCACAGACAACUCUCUCAUCUCCCCCGGCUCCAGCCAGGUUCCCCACUCUCAAUCCCCCAAACAACCCAACAACUCAGACUCCAGGGAGAGCACUCCGGAGUCCUCCACCCCUGGCUCCGGCUCUGCAUCCGGGUCAGGAUCGGGAGCCUUGAACUCUCCUGUCCAUAGUUCCGUCAGGCUCCAGGAUGUCUCUCACACCAUCAUGUCCAACCCAACCAACGUCCAAGCAGGGGUGACCAACAGUGUACCUCAGCAGCCACCCGCACAGCAAGCCACCAUCUUAGAAACAAGAGGUUCCACAUCAUCUAAUCCUUCCACAUCAUCAUCAUCCUCGUCCUCCUCCUCAGCCACUUCCCCCUCAUCGUCGUCAUCUCCAGGCCAGGCUCCUGCCGCUCCAGGGGCUGGGGCUGGGUCAGUGGUCGGGCGUGGUGGAGGGGACUUGGAUGGGGGCAACGCCGUCAGCGCAUCACCCGUUUCUCCGCAGAAUCCCGCCCAACAGCAGCUGCACCAGGAGUUCCCGCGACCAAAUACAAAACAUACCAUAUACAUAGGCCCCACUGCAUUGUAACCAUGGCUACAAAGUGUUUGCAGUUUUAACGUUAGAUUAUUUUUACCAAGGAAUGCUCUCAUUUGAUGGUGAUCAUCCUCACAAACACAACAGCAAAAAUUUACAAAGGUGGUUUCAAUUGUACCAUGGUACAAUACUAUGGAAUAUUCAGAUUUUAUGUCUGUAUUGAUGCUUAUUUCAUCACGUACACUAAAGAAAAGUCCAAUUAUAAAUGCACACUUUUGGCAAUGGGCGCUAAAUACAUGCUUGAAUGAAGCAUGAUAAUAUAAGAAGUCUGCAAAGUCCAUUGUUAUGCACCAUGGUACAAUCAAAACCACCUUUGUGAAUUGAGGCGAGCAAGGCCAAAUGAAAAUCACUACUUGACUUUAUACACGUAUCGAAGCACUAUUCAUGUAUGGCACUGGAAUAGGGAUUUAUUUUAUUUAUUUGCAAACGUGGAGUUUGCAUCUAUUUUAUGGUUGGUUUCUCAUAUCAUGCUUUAUACUAACCUUGUGGAAGGUGUUCAUUAAUCAAUCCAUCGGUCCGCAGAACAACUAAACAUGCCACCUGCAACUGUAGUUGAAACGAGAAAAAUUCAAUCGCAUUAAAUCUGCAGAAAAAUAACCCAACUUAAUUCAUAAAAACAAAAAUCAAUCUUCAUUUUCCAUUGCAAUGAGAAUUCAGUGAAAUUACGUUACAUGGCAUAAGGGGAGUAGCUUGCAAGUGAUAUCACAAAAUUAAAUCUUAAAAAAAAUCUUUUAGCAGGAAUCCCGCCAAAAUCUUUUCAAAGCUCAUCUCGGGGCAUUCCCCAUUACUUUGUCUUUGAUGAAAUGACAGGAUUGGUAUUAAAUGAAAAGCUAUUUGCACGAUUCCUCCGCAAAAGACGGGAAUCUGGCAUUUGACAUGGUGCGUAUCUUUUCCAGUUUGUGAAUCUUUGACUGAUCUUUAUGAAGUAUUGUCUCAAGUGUAGCUCCUGUAAAUGGAGGGAUUCCUUGAUGAAAUUUAUUAAUCAAUCAACAUCUGCAUUGUAUUCAUGAUAAAAGAGUACUCUCUUUCCGUCCUUUUGUUAUUUUGUGUAAAAUCCGUUUAUGGCUUGCUUUUCUUAUCAUCUUCAAAGCUUCAGCCCUUCAUCAAAAUUGAAUUAAUGGGAAAUGUCCAUAUUUAGUCCAUGGGACCUUUAACGUAUUCAUUCUCAAAUUAGCAAAAUCCUUCUUAAAUUGAAAUAGCAAAUGCUUUCACAAAUCAAAAAAUAUCAUCUUAGAAUAGAAAAUGCUUUCGCAAAACAUCAUUUUUAUACAAGUUCUUGCAUGUAAGCAGUUAAUUACUCAAUAAUUGGCAGUAAUAAAUAUAUUUUCUCACGUUUACUCCAUACUGUGCUGCAAUAUAUUUACAAAUUGCAAAUUUUUUUUUUUUUCAGGCAGAAAUUAAAUUAUUUGCAAGAUGAUGUGUACAAGUAUUUAAGACUUGUUUUCAGUACUAAAUUUGUCUCAGUUUCUUUCUGUACUGUAUGGAAAGUGUGCACCACUGGGAAAGUGUGCACCACAAUAUUGUAUUGUUGCCAGGAGUAGCAAAGGAAGAGGUUGACAUUUUAUGAUGUAGCAGUUUGGUGUGUAAAUUAUGCACUCUUUCUAUUUAUUUUUUUAAUGUAUUGGAACAUUGGAAACCUCAGAGUUAAUUCACCAUAUUGUAUUUCAACCAUACACAAAUGAAAUUCACAAUCCAUGUACUUACUGUAAUUUAAUUCAUUCUGAUUAGUAUUCCCUAUUUAUUUAUAUUAAGUAAUAAAAAAAAAGACUUUCAUUUUUAUACUUGGUCUAUGAAUUCAGUACACUUUCGUAUGAACAAUAUGUAACAAUAUAUUCACCUCUAAUAUUAUGAAGUCAAAUUAAAGGCAUUUUGUAAUUUGGAAUUUUGAGAGAAAAAAAAGAAUAGAGACCUUGACCCUGGAAUGGUUAUGGUACUUUUGAAAUGUAUCAGAUAUGUUGGCUGAAGUUACUUGGUAUCCAAUCUCACACGGCUGUCACACUUACCGGUAAGUGUUUUAGUAAGUGAAAGCUAACGUAUGUAGGCUAUGGCAAGCUGAUUUCUUAAUCCCAUUUCUUGUUUAUAUCAAGAAUUGCUUUUUGUUUAAGACAUAAAUGAUUCUUCAUAUAAACAAUUUGACUUUGUGAUUAAAAAAAAAUGCAAUUCUUGAUAUAAUUAGUAAUUAUUAAAACGAGACAAAUAUGUGUAAUAGAGAAAAGUGAUUCAUUUAAUGUGAAUGAAUCAUGAAAGCAUAAAAGCUUAAUAUCUUCCGUGCUGUGGUCCUACUUUCAUAUUUGAGAAAAGUAUCCAAACUUAUGGCACAUUUCAGACUGUCAUAUACCUAUUAUUUAAAUCUAUCAUUUGAAAGAUAAAUGUAAUUUUUUUUCUCCAUAAUUUAUGGAACUUACCAGGAACCACUUCUCCUUGUUGUAAUGACAAAAUGAAUUAUCAUAGUUCAUAUUUUGGGGUGUGUUGGUGAAGGAAUAUAGAUUUAAAAUGAAUAGGAAUAGAUGAGGGAUGGAGAAGUUAAUCAAGGCAGCCAAGUUUUUAAACGUAAAUAUGAUUUACUUGUCAUUCAUGCCUGAAUAGUUUUUUAAAACAAUUAUUAGAUAAAGUUAAUAGCAAUUGCUUACACAGAAUGCACUUAUCAAGCACUUAUUCUAAAUUUGUAGACAACGAAAAAAGUAGCAGUUAUUUGAAUGGAAUUUCCCUUUGAUGAAGAUAAUGUAAUGCUCUUUAGUAGCAGUUUAAGAAUUGGUAUGAAUAAAAUUUUCUUCUUGAAAUGCUAAUGCCCAUUUUACACUUCAGAUUAACAAUUUCACAUGUACUUGUAUUUAUGAAGCCAUUGAUCCUAACUUAUAUCAGUGCUGUGUGAGGAAAAAUUCAUUAUUCUUUAUCUUUAUUGUAUUUUUGAACCAAAGAGGAGAGAGAACACUGAUUUAUUUGAUUGAAUUGAUUUAUGUAGCAGCUAUAAAUGUUUUAUUUUCUGCACUAGCAUUUGUUAUGAUGAUUGUAUAUUUCUGAUAUAAGCGCUGAUUUCAGUUUUAAAUAUGUGUACAUGACGGAGGAUAUGGCUGCACUGGAGGACUUUGUGUCAGGAAUCGAUUACUAUAUGAAUUUCACAAACGGAUUUGUUUUUUGAGCUGGUCAGUGUUGACCAGCAUUUGUAUAUUUAAGGAUAUGUACAAAACAAAUAAACUGGCUAAAAUUUAAGCUUAACUUAA